AUGAAAUCGUCAAAUGUGGUAACCAGCAAAUCCUGCCGAGCUCGCUCGCCGUCCAUUGAUCUGUCCACGUUGUCCCGUAUCAAAGUUUUAUCGCUAACUGAAAUUAAACCCCCAAACGAACGUUCCGUACAGCAACACUGUGACAAUCCGAAGGAUAGUGGCAAUGAAAGUGAGAAUGAAAUCGAACUUACCGGUUACCGUCGGAUGCGUACGGUCGGGCAGGGUUCCUUCGGUAUCGCUGUCCUGUACGAACGGCUGCUGGACGGUCAGGCCGUGGUGAUGAAGCAAAUAAAUCUUUCGGAUUUAACGAAAUCGGAGCGAGAUCUUGCCAUGAACGAGGUGGAAGUUUUCUCCAAGCUGCACCAUCCGAACAUUAUUGCCUAUUUGGGAAGUUUCAUACGGGGUGAUUAUUUGUUUAUUGAAAUGGAGUUUGCUGAUGGCGGAACUCUGUCGCAGGUACUGAUCGAAAAAAGCCAUGGAGAGCGGCUGCCAGAACGAUUUAUUCUGAACAUUUUGGAGCAAAUAACCAGCGCGAUUAAUUACAUGCACUCGCAGAAUAUUUUGCACCGCGAUUUGAAGACAGCCAAUGUGUUUCUUAACAAGAGGGGAAUUGUUAAAAUUGGGGAUUUCGGAAUAUCUAAGAUUAUGAACACAAAGCUGCACGCUCAAACGGUUUUAGGGACUCCGUACUACUUCAGUCCAGAAAUGUGCGAAGGUAAACAAUACGAUGAAAAAAGUGAUAUUUGGGCUUUGGGAUGUAUUCUCGGAGAAAUGUGCUGCUUCAAGAAGACAUUCUCGGCUUCGAAUCUGUCGGAGCUCGUAUCGAAGAUUAUGACCGCUAGGUAUGCACCAUUGCCGGUUGGUUAUUCGGAUGCCCUGAAGCACGUGCUGAAUCUAAUGCUGCAGAUAGAUCCGCACAAUAGGCCUUCUGCUUCAGAAGUGCUUCAACAUUGGAUUCCGCUGGUUUACAGGAGUUUGGGUAAAAACAAUGGAUUUAAAUAUGUUUCAAAUGAUCUGAAUGAAGAAUUCAUGGAUGCUGACCAAUCAGAAUCUGCCACCCUGGUGAUGGGAACGUCAACCCGUAAUUACAUGGAAGCAUCGACAGCAACGAUGAACAAUCUACCGCUUGUAGAACGAUCCGUCCUAUAUCAGCUUAAGUCAUUUGGUUCUACGGUCAGCUUGAAUCCAUUACAAUUACCACCGACGGCCAAGAUAAGACAACUCGCAACAAGCGGGGCUCAUUUCGUUGUCGUUAUGUACGAUGGAUCGGUUUAUUCAUGGGGUGAAGGAAACAAAGGUCAACUUGGUCACAAUUCACUCGAAACAUGGCGUCAUUAUCCGUCCCGGAUUGAAGCUAGUAGAAAAUAUAACGUCGUCGGAUCAGCUACCGGUAAUGGUUUCACUCUGUUCUGGACAGACCUGGGGAUUGUCCUCAGCUGUGGUGAUAACAGUGACGGAUGCCUAGGACAUGGUAAUCGAACCUCCUUGCUAGUCCCAAAAAUUAUCCAGAAGUUAAAUAAUAUAAAGAUCGUGCAGAUUGCAUGCGGCACAAGCCACGUUGUGGCUCGUUCUGUCGAAGGAAACCUUUUUACGUGGGGUACCAGUUCAGAGGGAGCUUUGGGUCUUGGAAAACAAUUAACAAGCAGUACAGAACCACGAAGGUUGAUUGUCUCCCAACUGAUACACGAUAUUACGAAUAUUUGCUGCGGACCAGACUGUACGAUUGUGUUGACCGAGUGUGGCUCGUGUUAUUGUUGUGGCAGCAAUAGUCAAAAUAAGCUUGGAUUUGGAUUGAAAGUAACCCAUUUAAUAGGACUUCAGAAGGUUUCGUUUAUCGCUCAAAGAAUAGUUGGAAUAAGCGUUGCACAAAGCUGGGGAGCAUUCGUAAUUGAAGGGGGCUAUGUAGUGACUUGUGGCGAUAACUCAAAUGGUCAGCGCGGAUUGGGUCAUAACAGUCAACAUGUGCCGUCUUCAUUGCUAAAAAGUUUGACGAAUAGAUUUAUUACAACAGUAAAAUGUUACUCAACUUAUGCUGUAGCAACAACUGAUGACAACUGUGUUGUAUUUUGGGGAACCAGAUUGGGAAUUCCGGAAGCAGAUGUGAAUACAUCAGCGACUGAAGCAUCAAGCAGCAGGAUUUCUGAUAAUUUAUCAAUUGGCAACAGCACGACUGCUUUCACCAAUUUUUUGAGUUCUGUUUAUAAAUACGAAACCGUAUUAGAUCCCAUCGAUAUUCUUGCAUUAUACUCUUCAAAAGAGCAGCAGGAUAAAGGAAGUUUUGUUAAACUGGUUGAUAUUCAACCACUUCUACAUAGCGUACUAAUAAUCGUUGACACAACGUGCCCGUUGAUAUGA